ACAAGGAACUUAGGAAACGAGAUCAUGAUUCAAGGCAUCCAGAGACAAAACUUGGACUUCAAUCACCCACAAGUUAGCUGUAUAUAGGCGAAGGUGGUGGCGGUGGCUAGGCGCCAACUUUGAGCCACCCUAAUCGUUCCCUCUCGACUCCAGAAACAGUGUUGGGAUAUAAGAUUCGAGCAAACCUGCAGUGUUUUUGGAACGAAUAUGUCGCUUCCCGCUGAUCCACCUAGGCGACAUGAAGCCGCUCAAGAAGACGUCGAUAAGUUGCUGAGACUUGGUUCACGGUAUUGCGUUGAUUUUGCAUGGCUCGUCGAACGAGACAAAACUCCAUCUCGUUAUGACGGUAUUUCCAUCACAUAUCGAGGGAUACUGCGCCCCGAGGGCAGGAAGGUAGCGGUCAAGACACUCCCGCCAUAUGCAUUUGGCGAAGAGGACCGCGGUCAAAAGUGGGCAGCGGGUGUUGCGGGAGGUAUACGUCUUGUGCCAGCUCCGCCACAAAAAUAUUCUUCCGUUGUUGGGUAUUACUACAACAUUCGAGAAGUCUAUUUCGAUAGUGUCACCUUGGAUGGAUCGAAAUGCACACGAAUACGUGCAGGAUCCCACCAUUGAUCCUCGCCCUUUGAUUUUAGGGAUAGCUAAAGGAUUACGCUACCUCCAUGAUCAUCAACCACCAGUAUACCACGGCGACGUGAAGGGACUGAAUGUCCUAAUAUCUGAUGAAGGACAGCCGCUUCUCACGGGUUUUAGUCUCUCCUUUCUUGUCAACUUUGCAUUUGAUCUACCAGUUGAGGUUCCCAUUGGGGGUACCCCGCGAUGGAUGGCUCCGGAAUGCUUUGGUAUUGACUCGGAUGCCAGCGGGGUGACUCCCAAGGCUGAUGCGUGGGCGUUUGGGAUGACUGCGCUGGAGCUUUUCACCAGGAGACUACCUUUUCAUAGUCUCAAUCAAUUUCCUGCCGUGAUGACCCGGAUCACGAGAGGUCCGCCACCGGACCUCCCCGGAGCAGAGUGCACUUACUCUCGUCUCACAGAAAAAUGGUGGCGGAUAUGUUCCUUGUGUUGGAAAUAUGAUCCGUCUCAACGACCCACGAUGUUGCGGAUUGUGGAGAUGAUUGUAGAUACCGAGAACGAUACCAAGGGCCAUACUGAGAGCCGUAUGGAGGAGAGUCUCACUGAGAAUCAUGCUACUCUGCCCUCCCGUUCCCGUUCGUGGCUGUCCAUAAGGUCAUUGUUCCGAAGAAAGUAGUGAGUUACUUUGGCCGGACUUCUGUAGUUAGCAUGUUUUAUGUGUUCACGUCGGUGCGGCCCCCUUUUUGUUGGACAAGCAGGCUGUGGUGUCAGUUUCAUGCACUAAUCAAUGAGUGGUAGGGCACCUGUGCAAAUAGAGCCCAGCUGGCAAUAAUUUAGAGAGACA